GAAACGAAGCGUCUGGUGAAUUGUUUUCGUAUAGUCCAAGCUGCUAUAUACAGUAUAUAUAUAUAUAUAUACAGUAUGUGUGUAAAUAGAUUCCCUUCAGAUUAAUUACUUUAGGAAUUUGAUUUUGAAGAUCACAAGGAAAGAAUCAUUUGGAAGCAAUGGCGAAUUUUGGGGAAGGGAGUAGAAGAGGAACCGGAGGGAUGCUGCCUCUGCUGGCGCUUAGCGCCGUCGCGGAGUACUAUAGGCUGCCGUGGAAACCGCCGGUGACGGCGGGUCUAUUGGCCGCGAACACUCUCGUCUAUCUCAGGCCGGCGUUUGUCGAUCCGCUUAUCCCUCACAUCAGUGAGGUCUGGUUCAAUCCCAACCUCAUCCUCAAGCACAAGGACUUGAAACGCUUCUUUCUAUCAGCGUUCUACCAUCUCAACGAGCCUCACCUAGUCUACAACAUGAUGUCCCUUCUCUGGAAAGGUAUCAAGCUCGAGACAUCCAUGGGAAGCAGCGAGUUUGCUUCAAUGGUCUUUGCGCUUCUUGGUAUGUCCCAAGGAGUAACAUUGCUCUUGGCUAAAUCCCUCCACUUAUUCUUCGACUACGAAAGAGCCUAUUACCAAGAGUACUCCGUCGGAUUCUCGGGCGUCCUCUUUGCUUUGAAAGUUGUUCUCAAUGCUCAGGCUGAGGAUUACACCAGCGUUUAUGGCAUCCUAGUUCCAACAAAGUACGCUGCUUGGGCAGAGCUGAUUCUUGUGCAGAUGUUUGUACCGAGCGCUUCGUUUCUUGGGCAUUUAGGUGGAAUCCUUGCUGGUAUUCUAUACAUGAACCUGAAGGGUUCUCACUCAGGCUCAGAUCCUGUGACCAUGGUGGUUCAAGGUGUCACCCGAGCGGUGACUUGGCCCUUGAGGUUUCUGAACAGUAUGGUUAGGUCUCGGAGGAGGAGGAUUUCAGGGAGAGGAAGAGUGGGAAGAGGGCAGACUGGGAUUGCAGGACCUGGUAUCUGGAGAUGCCAGUCGUGUACAUAUGACAAUUCUGGUUGGCAAAGUGUUUGUGAGAUGUGUGGCUCGGGGCGAGCUAGAGGAAACGGAUGGUCAGUGAAUCAGGGACCAGCACAGUCUUCUUCUAGUGAUCUCCCUUUAGAUGAGCUGCGCCGUCGAAGAGUAGAGAGGUUUAGUUGAUCUGUGGAAGCAUACUUAGAGCUGAGGAAGAACUGUGAAUGAAGCUUAGCUGAAUCAUUCAAAAUGCAUUGGCAUAUGAUUAGAGGGCUUAGUUGUAGUUUUUUUCAACCUGUAUGUCUUCUCUUUUGUUGUUAAAGUUUUGGUUCCAGGUGAACUGGUCCUUGAUGACUUUCACAAAUUAAAGUAUAUACUUGAUCAUCCA